CGCCUCCCGAUUUUUUUUCUUCUAUGCGUCGCUCCUUCACAUAAUCAAAUUUGCUUUUGCUGGCUUCUCUUUGGUUCUCGUCACAGCCGCAGCGGCAGCCCUAGCCUUAUCAGCUUCGCAGCUUUCGGGAUCUCAAACCAACUGCCGACGAUUCCAAAACAAAAAUUUCAAUCACUGAUGUUGUUCUUUGCUGUAAUCAACAAGCAUCACUGCAUUAGAGCACCUUGAGAUGAUAAGGGCACCAAGGGGUUUUAGAGUGGAAUCUCCCUCCAGUGACUUGGUGGAUGACCACAAUUUGAAGGAUUCCAUCAACUUAUUGAUUAGAUGGGCAUUUUUCUAAUGACUGUUUCAAUCAGGAACUCUUGAAUGCUCCACGUACGGUUUAUUUCAAAAGAGUGUUAUUGACUGGAGUUUCUUGUCCUAACCUCCAAAAUCACUAUUUAUUGCAUUGUCUAUUUCGGAUUCUCUACACAAUGGAUCGUUGUGAUACCUCAGGAUUUGUCAGUGGAGGUGGCAUCGUCUCCAAUUGGUUUUAGAAUAGCCUUAACUGAUUCGUGUUAACAAUUGCCCGGAAGUCAGGCUAACUGUUCUUUUCAAUAUUUUGGUUGAUACAAAAAGUUCCAUAAGUGAUGAGCCAUAGCUUCACAAGCUUUGGCUUUGAUUGGAAUCCUAAUGCAAAUGCUGCAAAUUCUUUCUGGAAUCAGAGGAAAGAUCCAGUAGGAUCUGAAUGUGGUGCAGAUGUCACAUUGCGAUUGGACUCCCCUUAUUAUAAUCCAAAAUGGUCUCAAUUCAUAGGGGCAAAGAGGAAGCGCGGUGAACACAAGGGAACUGAGAUAUUUCCCGAUCAUGCUUCAUUGUCUCUUGGUUUAGGUCAUUCAUCAAGUUCUUCAGACAUCAGCAAGGGGAGCUCAGCAACUGCGUGUACCAUAACUUCUGUGAGGGAAUCAACUGAUGAGGAAUCUUCUGCUGAUCUGGGAUUUAAUUUUCAACUUCAUCUUGGUAAUGAUAAUGCGUGUAGUCUCAAGAAACGUUCAACAGAUGCUCCUAAAGCAACUGAGAUUAAACCCAUAUUUGAUCUCCAGUUGUCUCUAUCAACUGGAUUAUCAGAAUCUUCGCUCAUCAAUUCUGUGAAAAUAGCUGAUGAAGAAGGGUCUGCAUCAUCUGAAUUGAAACUGCACAGUUACCUGUUACCCUCUUCUAAAACCUCUGAAUGCGCAAGCGGUUUUCCUGUCGACCCGAACUGUAGUUACCAUCUGCUUGCAACCGUUCCAGAUCUCUCACCAAACACACAACCAGUGUUGAAAAGUCCAGUUGCCUGUACUUCCGGGACUACCCAUUCUCAUCAACGCACCACUUCUAACAAAAACUGUCUAUUCCAAGGAUGCACAAAGGGUGCCAGAGGGGCAUCUGGAUUGUGCAUAGCCCAUGGCGGGGGAAGGAGAUGCCAGAAAUUUGGCUGUCAUAAAGGGGCUGAAGGUAAGACUGUUUACUGCAAAGCCCAUGGUGGUGGUCGUCGCUGCCAACACCUUGGCUGCACCAAGAGUGCAGAAGGCCGCACUGACUACUGCAUUGCCCAUGGAGGUGGCCGCCGUUGCAAAAAUGAAGACUGUACCCGAGCUGCAAGGGGAAAAUCUGGCUUGUGCAUUCGGCAUGGAGGCGGCAAGAGGUGCCAAAGGGAGAACUGCACAAAGAGUGCUGAGGGUUUCUCUGGUCUUUGCAUCUCUCACGGUGGUGGUAGGCGCUGUCAAUUUCCAUCUUGCACAAAAGGUGCACAAGGGAGUACCAUGUUCUGCAAGGCACAUGGUGGGGGCAAGAGGUGCACUGUUUUAGGAUGCACUAAGGGAGCUGAGGGUAGCACACCAUUCUGCAAGGGUCAUGGAGGAGGAAAGCGUUGCUCAUUUCAGGGUGGACUCUGCUCCAAGAGCGUGCAUGGUGGGACGCAGUUCUGCGUCGCUCAUGGAGGUGGUAAGAGGUGUGCUUUCCCUGACUGUACUAAGAGUGCAAGAGGGCGUACUGAUUAUUGCGUGAGACAUGGCGGCGGCAAGCGAUGCAAAUCUGAGGGCUGUGGUAAGAGCGCACAAGGGAGCACCGAUUUCUGCAAGGCACAUGGUGGUGGCAAGAGAUGCGCAUGGGGUCAGCCAGGUUCUGAUUAUGGUGCUUCUGCCCCUCCUUGUGACAGGUUUGCGAGGGGAAAAGUUGGCCUCUGUGGUAUACAUGGUGCAUUGGUGCAGGACAGUUGCAUUCAUGGAGGUGGCACAAUGCAGCCACCUCUUCUCCGGCAACCAAUAUCAGAAACACCAGAGGUGAUUAAAGAAGCUGAUUCUGAACAUGUUCAAACCUCAAGAACAAUGAGCAAUGACGAGGGCUUUGUAAGUUUUAGCUCUAUGAACUCCCACCAACCUAAGCUUUCUACACUUCCAGAAGGAAGGGUGCAUGGAGGACGCCUAAUGGCGAUGUUAUCUAGCUAUCCAUAUACGGGAAAACCUUCCAGCAGUAAGGAGAUGGUGGCUAGUGCGGAGCUGAGCACACCUUAUGCAAUAUUGCAUGAGUGGAUCUGAAGCAAAGACAUCCUUAUAUAAUGAUUAAGGCUUCAUUUGAGAUGGUUUUUUUACUGCUUCUUGAAGCAGUUUUUUAGUACAUAAAUUAAAACUUUUAUACUAAAAAAUUGCUUUAAGAAACAACAAAAAAGUCAUCCCAAAUGAAGCCCAAUUGUGACGGUCAGAUUAUAUAUGUCUAUGGUUAUUUUUUUCUCUUUAUGUUCGUGCUUCUGUUUAUUAAUGGUGAAAUUGUUGUAAUAAAUGUCUUUUUCAUCACUAUUAUUCUCAAUUAUAUCUGUAUGAUUUCAAACCCCCAUUGUGUAAUGAGAAUAAGGGGGAAUGGCUAGACAGUUCUUGCAUUAUCAAUGAUAAAGUUUGGCAUUUUCUUGUAGUUCUGAACUCAGUCCAGAUUU